AACUCAUUCAAAGUUAUGCUAUCCAUCCAUACCUUAACUCUUAUUACCAUGUAUGAAUUGGAUGACAAACCAAAGGAUUUGAUAAAAGUGACAUAUGAGAAGCUUUCCACAGAUGAAGUUGCAGAAUCAGUAAAAUCUCCAUCUUGCGGAGCAGUGUCUUUGUUUAUUGGUACAACUAGGAACAAUUUUGAAGGAAAGAAAGUUGUUCGACUUGAAUAUGAAGCUUAUAUUUCAAUGGCUGAAAAUGAAAUAAAAAAAAUUUGCAGAGAUAUAAGGAAUAAAUGGCCAAUGAUUCAGCACAUCAGUGUCCAUCACAGACUUGGAGUGGUUGAUAUAACCGAAGCAAGUGUGAUCAUUGCCAUCUCCUCUCCACACAGGAAUGAGUCUAUUGAAGCAGUGAAGUAUUGCAUUACUGCUUUGAAAGCAACAGUCCCAAUAUGGAAAAAGGAGAUUUAUGAUACGGAAGAAUAUACCUGGAAGCAAAAUAAAGAAUGUCAGUGGACACAAAAUAGACAGAAGUAAUUAGAACUCAAUGUAACCCUGAAGAAGUAUCAUCACACUGUCUGUUGCCAAAGCAUUUAACCUUUUGAAUUGGAAUUAAGUGAUGGAUGCAUUAAUUGUAAUUGGUGAUUUGCCUUUGCACUUAUACUUGUACGUACAAGUAUGGCUAAUGACACGCAUACUCUGUAAUUCUAUACUACUUGACCAGAAAAAUAUGUAUAGUCUUUCCAUGUUACGACCUUGGUAGUGCAAAUUAACUGCUUAUCAAUAUAUAUAUAUUUUUGAACAAGCAUAUCCAAUAAUGUUAGUCAAAACUAAAUUCUGAAGAUAAUCAUGUUCAGAUCAAAGGGAACUCUAAAUUUUAAUGUGAAAGCUGUUGCGUGCUCCCUCAGUUUGUAACUGUAUUUAAUUCUGAAGAUGAAUUAAGUUUUGUCAAUUAAAAACAUAAUACUG